AUGGCGACCUUCAGGCCGCGUUACAAAACGCUUAAUUCGCUCCACUUUCCAGGGACACAGGCCGCAAGGAAGAAUGAUUCCUUUCAUUUGUUUCCUAAGUUACCGACAGAAAUCAAAUUACAAAUAUGGAAAACAGCCUUUGUUUCACGCCGCCGGCUUAUCACAAUUCGCCUCACUGAUCCUAGCGCUACAGAGCACGUUGAUCCAUAUGGGAGCUACGAAGAAACAGUUGGCUCUACCGAUUUUGUCGAUUUUAACCUUUGGCACGACAAGCCAAGUCCAUGUCAUCAAGAAACCUGGAAGGUUUCCAUUGACCAAAAGCCCCGCCGUAACCCUCUGAUGCAGAUAUCUCGCGAGUGUAGACAACUUGCAAAGCAUCAGUUCCGACUUCCCCUGUGUUCGAACACCGCCUCUGACCUGCCGCAACCUACACUGUGGCUAGACCCGGAGAACGACUACAUAUUCAUAGCGCAAUUCGAUGUGCCGACUCCGACAUUUAUCUCAUUCAUUAAUCAUAUGAGACACUCUGAUCCCCGUGGGGCGGGGAUAUUACACAUCGCAUUCGAUAGCCGAUGCAGAGAUAGCCUACGCGGGCUUGAGGCGUUGUCUCGAGAAGCAACUCUUGCCACAAACACGUUGAAGACCUUCCAAGAAGCAGUUUUUCGGCUUAAAUCUGUCUGGUUCAUUCACCUUCUCGGUGCUGAUUCAAGGAUAAUGGUAGGGCCUCUAUCGGGGACGAGUAACACAGCAAUGGGCCUCAAUCGAAGUAUUCCCAUCUUCCCACACGCGGUUGAAUUUGAUUUAUUCACUCCUGACCCACGACCAAUCCAAGCCAGUCUUAGGGGCCAAACAGUGUGGAAUGAUCCGAAGAAGCCAGUUGAGGCAUGGUUGAGGAUGGAAAGGGUGCUGGGGCUUGACCGGCAAAAGGUGGGAGAGGCUGCUUCCGUAUCAAGUACUGAAUCCAUCAGUACAAUUUCGCACAUUCUCGCCAUGUCUGGACGGAAAGGACUCAUAAGCGACGCAUAUUUCGAUGUAAGAUGUUCUCAAACUAUGGACUUGGCUCUCAGAAUCGAACAGGAAAGCAUCGACCAAAUGGCUGACAGGGGCGGGUAUUUUGAGGUAAUAAGAGAAAUGGAGCCUGUGGAGAGCAAGGAAAACCUAUUAUCGGCAGCAGGGUUUUGGAUCUUCCCUGAGGGUACGUUUGACACUCUCUUUGAGAAUCCACGCUACGAGGGCAAGGCAUAUCAAGACUUAACGGGUCACCAACCCUCUCUGGGAUUGUUCGAGCUACAGCCAUAA